CAUCAGUCAUCAGAGCCACCUGCCUUCACCAUGAAGUCCAAGAGCCUCUUCUUCGUUGUGGUGUUUCUUGCCCUGGGAAUUCUGGAAGCACUGACUGUGGAAGGUUCUGGAAAAAGUCAGAAAGCUGGAGCCUGCCCUCGUAGAAAACAAGCCAUGUGUCUUAGAUAUGAGGAGCCUGAAUGCAACAGUGACUGGCAGUGUCCGGGGAAAAAAAGAUGUUGCCCUAAUUUUUGUGGCAUCAGCUGCCUGGAUCCUAUCAACAUUUCAAAAUCAGCAAGGAAGAAGCGUGGGAAGUGCCCAGUAGUCAAAGCUGAAUGUCUGAUGCUUAAUCCCCCCAAUUUCUGUGAGAAGGAUAGCCAGUGUGAGGGUAACCUCAAGUGCUGCAAGGGCAUGUGUGGGAAAACCUGCGUUCUCCCUCAGUAAGCUUGAUUCCCGACACCUGGGCAAGACUCUGGAUUUAUGCUGUGUGUGGCCUGGGAAUUCCCUUCCUGUUCCCAGGUUUGGAGCCUAUGACAAGGAUUUGGUUCCACCACCACCACCUCCUUUCAACAAACUCUUGGCACAUAGGCUUUUGGGAAAUAAGGUUGACCUGUGAAUAAAGAAAUGAGCUCAUCUCUUUAUGUA